AUGGAGAAUGACAUGCGGUCGCUGAGAGCUGAGCGGCAUAAUAGCUCCUUCGACGACUCGGAGCAGCUAGCCGAUGCAGCACCUAGGCGACAAUGCGAAUACUCGGAAGAGAACCCGACCAAGAAUGACGAGCAGGGCUUGUCGUCUUUCAAUCGAUUGCCACCCAAUGUGAUUGAACACAUUCUCUAUCUCGUUGAUCCAAAUACAUUCGCAUCUCUGGUCCUGCUGAAUCGAAACUGGAGGCAUGUAUCGGAUUCUUUACUCCUUUAUUCUUAUCAUUUAUCCCGAUGUCCAUCAUUUUCCAUGACCCAGGAGGUCAUUUCAGACCCGGUUGGCUUGGGAGGCCUCAGUUCCCUCAAGCGCAAAUUCUUUAGUGAGAUUAGUAGAAAUACAUUCGAUGUGUUUCUCAGACCCCACAAAACUCUCAUUAAGCUCAUCUCAACGUCGAUGAGCUCUUCUACAGCAUUUCCACAAGGUGAAGCUUUUCGCUUCACAUUUUCGGCCAGGGGCCAAAUGAUUCUUUGUUUGAGUUCGUCGAGAAUCAUUGUGCUCGAUGUAACAUCUGGACCUGCCAUGGUGAAGCAUGAACUCAAAACACGGAGACGUCCGUUGAGCGCAACCAUUUUAGACGAUGGAUCGCUCCUUGCAGUUGUAUCUUCAAGGCACCAAGUCAAUAUCUAUAGUCUUUCAAAUGAGGAGGCAAAGCAUAUACAAGGGUUAGCUUUGAAUGAUGUUCCGCGAUCGCUGGCCCUUUCUCCAACUGGCGGUGUUCUUGCUAUCGCCUAUGACGAUAUGAUCGAAGUCUAUGCUUUGGGAGAAGACGCACUUGUCACUCAGCGAAGAGCCGUUCGCUGCUUUGGAGUCGAUUAUCUCUCAUUCUCUUGUGAUGGGGAGAUGCUAUUUGGAUCAUCUGCUGAUGGUCGAAACAGCAAUGUAGUAACCAUCACAGUGCCGUUUUAUACAGAACCCGAAGGCGAGUCAUCCUCGAGGGACAUUGAGAUACGCAUGUGGACAACACAGAUUCUUUUCCCGGACAUAAUCCGCGGCUACAGCCACGCUUGCCUGCUACCAGUGCAUGCGGAGGAUGCGGGUGGCUGGAUUUUGGGCUACGAUAGACAAACGGCGGCAUUCAAAGCAAUUAGGGCCAACAGUGUGAACUCGGGCACCACAUACUUCGUGCCCCCCUUGGCCAGUAACGGGCCCCAAGAUUCUUCAACCAUCGUUAUGCCUACCGCGGACAGUAAGGGCGAGCUUAUUGCACUGGGAUUUCAGAGCGGUGGUCUUUGGUUAUAUGGUGUACCCGACCGCCUUGAUGUUGCCCCCGCAAUGAGCCCAACUAUGGAAGCCGAUGCUGCGUCGACCGCUAGUCAACGCCCCAUGGAAGGCUUUUUUACACCUCAAGAUGAUUUUGUGCGCUUACAGCGAGCAAUUGGCCAGCCAAAAGUUUUGAUUCGUGGGCAUCAGGUAACCGACAUUUCUGGAAUUACGGCAGCCCAUUGGGUGCAUCCCACGAACAUCAUGUUCAGUGAAGAGGCCAGACGCUCUAGGUUGGUGGCUGUAGCUCCUGGUGGUGUCAGUCCCCCAACUAUUGGUGAAGAGGACGUGCCAGUCGAUGGUGGAAGAGUGCUCAUCCUGGACUUUGAGAGGUCCACGGAAAACGGCAAAGUACAUGAAAUUAACAUCGAAAUUGGAGAGGCAGAGCCUAAGAUGCUUAGAGAACCGAACUCUAGUCUGGACACCGAGGUUGAGCUGGAGAGAAGAAGAACUCGUGUUCACCGUGGGACUACCACAUCGCAGCGAGCAAGAGCUGCCACUAGGGAUUCGUAUCCAGCUGCAGCUUUGAAUAGGAAUAAAGUGUCACCGUUCAAUACUCGCAGGAACAGUUUUACCCUAUCCAGCUCCCCCAAUAAUGAUCUUGAUUUUGGCGAUACGCUUGCAUUUCCAGAUACCCCUUAUGAUAACACCCAGCCACGUUCCCGCGAUACGCUGCAGCGUGCUGCCACCGCAGCGGCAGUUACUCGUCGGCGUCGCAAUCCCUCUCCUCAGCCUGAAGCAAACCGCAUUCCUUUUGGACAACAGAUUCCUCAUGAGAGUGACGCUGAUAACUGGGUUCCACCCCCACCGCCAUAUACCCGCGAACCUGAUGUCCCACUGCCGGAAUCUCUUAGAAGAACCCUUCUUCCAACUACGGCUCCUGUCCAAACGGCUGACGAAGAAACUUCUCCUGUUCGAAGAGCUCACACCACUCGCCUAGACAGCCGGAGCCAAGAUACCAUUUCUCGAUCUCGAUCCCGCCCCGCCAUUCAAAGACUGAACACCAUCACCGGGUCUAGAUUGGUUUCCCGGAUAAGGAGGAACACUAGAGAUUCUGAAACUCAUGACCGAACUCAAGGCCAAACAAAUGGUCUCCCGCAGAGGAGAAGAGGUUCAUCUGUUCACUCCCCUAUACCUGUUGGGAGGGCCUCGGGAUCCCUCGGAGCACAGUCACCAGAAGAGAGACCCACCACCCCCGGAGGAUCAUUCGCAGAUGUUGCCCAGUUUCCUUUACAGUCCAACUCAAUCCUCCCCUUAUCAUCAGCUACCGAAGCUAUUCAGCAUGUUCCUCCCCAGGCAGUGCUGUUACAAGGAAACCAACCUGCACGCCUGACUGCUGAUCAGCCCAUGAUGGGAGGGUCAAUGCAAUGGCCGCCCCCUAUUCCCCCGCUUCCAGAUGGUGCAUCAAGGAAUUACCACUCAUAUUCCAUCUCGUCGCCAAAUCUCCUGCACGUCCCGGAACGUGAGUAUGUUGUACCAGACAGAGUGCCAACUAUUGCGUCGCGGACGGGGCCACAUAGACCCACAAACGAACACCCCCAGCCUUCAGAUAUUGGAAGAAUGAACCCAGGUCAGCGAGUUUCUACAGAUCCUACAAACUCACAGUCGCCAACCCCGUCGAACGAUAUCUGGCGAAGGCGGAUCGAGGAGUGGAAUGAACGAACUAUCUAUGAAAGAAGCAGGAAGAGUCGCAGAUGCGUCGUAAUGUAA